CUCUGUGGUACAGUGGAUGUCACUAGAUCGUUUCAGUUUCGUUUGGCAGUAACGUUGGUUUUAACCCAGUCCGUGUAACAUUGCUUCUAACUAAAAUUCAUAACUUGGAUUUCAAUGGCUCAUUGGGGCUCUUACGGAUCCUAUUGGCAAGGUGCUUACCCACCAUAUUAUGAUUAUACUCAGCCUGCUAAGACUUAUGACUACAAUCAUCAAACUGUCGCAGUUCCGUUAGGUGUGGACGAAUCCCCCACACCUCCACCACCUGGAGUAGAAUCCUGCACUCCAAAAGCUGAUACAACUGCAAUCACAACUUGUGUGACGCCGUAUAACGCAUCCUGGUCUACUCCUGCUCCCUUCCAGUCACAGGGCCAUGGUGGCCCCUAUCAAUAUCCACCAUAUGAAAUGACAGCACAGAAUCCUGCGGUCCCAGGCGAACAGUAUCCUUAUGGUCCUCCAGUAUUCAUGUUUCACAAUCAAACAGGAAGUGGCUGGGAUGCAUUUAGACUUCUCUCUAACCCCCAAUCUAACGGACAUGCGGUUCAAUCGAGUGGUGUGCGACCCAACUGCGGGACACCUACAUACUCCAAUAGUAUGAUGGUGAAUGGUCCACUGUUUCCAUUCCGGAAUAAUCAAGGUCCUCUACAUCCUGCAUCAAGUGUACAUACUCCGAAUGCAGCUGCUUGUACACCGCUGUCGCAAGAAGCAUUAAAACAGCCUCCAGCCAGCUUCCAAGAUAAAGGAGCAAAAGAACAGUGGAGCGAUGAACUCAAGGAGUAUGUUCAGCGAGCAUUUUGCAGCAUUGAUACCAGCGAGGAAAAAGAUCAGAUGGAACGUAUUUUAAAGGAGAAGCUAGAGUACAUAUUCCGAAAUAAUAUCAAAGUUGAUUGGAAAACGGAGAAUAUCCCAACUAUCCCCAGUCGCGCAAUUGCUAGUUUUCGCAAAUCUUUUGGAAUAAGACCUAAUUCUGUCAAUGUCGUACGACCUGUUCAACUUCCUGGGCCUCGUGGACUUCGCCAAACAGGUCCACGGGUAUCACCACGUCUGCCUGUCGGACAUUUGACGAAAGGUGGCCGCAAUGUGUUUUCUUCAUUUGUUGAAAGUACAUCAGUAUCCAAAGAGUUGCCUUCAAAAUCUCGCUCCCCUAGCCGUUCACCUGUUACCAAGUCUUUGAAAUCCUGGCCAAGAAAGCGUUCAUAUAGAUCCAAGUCUAGUUCGACCUCACAAUCACCUAAUUCUCACCAUUCCUCAUCUUCAAGUAGUAUCAGGACAAAACGUCACCGGCGUCGGGAUUCUCGGUCGCACUCUGGUUCUCGACAAACACAGAAAAAAGUGAAAAAUGUGAAGGAUUCUCAGAAAAGUACACCACUACCUGGCACAAGAGGGAAUUCCAAGAGCGGACAACGAAAACGUGGUGGCACUCAAUCUAGUGCUGAUUCAAGUGCUGACUUAAACAUCUCAAGUGAGGACGGGACAGUCUUAAGAGGUCGCGGGCGUGGCAACUGGCGUGGAAAACGUGGAAGUGCUACUUCGAAACAUCCUACUCCAACUGAAUCACGUUUAUCACAACGAGCUAGUCGAUUUAAAGAUCAUCUUCCAGAACCGCACGCUAUCGGAUCAGGUUCUAUUGCACGGACUACUAGCCAACUACUUUCCACUUACACUGACGAACAAGAUGACUUGGUUGCUGAUUUUGGCAGUUGUCAAAUUGUUGGUACUAUGCAGGAAGUAGAAAAGCAAUAUUUAAGACUAACUCGAGUAAGUUUGGGGACUAAAUAUUUUAUACGGGGUUAUUGUUGAAACAAUCGUUUUCAGUUUGUUUUUUGAAGUGGAUUUACCGAACAUUCUCCAUUCUUCGGACUUCCUGAUUGGAGUUACCCAGACGAAGUGUGGGAUCGUGCCGGCCGGGGAUCGAAACCGGACUGUCAGAACUGCAGUCCUUAUAAUAAUUGAUGCUCAAUACCAUAAAAGACUCCUAGACUUUUUUUCAAAGAGUUUAAACUACAUGCAACUGGUGUUUUAAGCCACCUCUGAAGGUGCAGAUUGUUUUAGUGGAGUUUUGGGUUCACUAAGGAAGUGAUGAUUGUAGGCUGUUUGUGACAUGGUUUGAAAUUGUUCUCAACAAUGAAAUUUAAUGGCUCCACUUUUAGAUGUGUUGUUUAUCAGCAAAGUGGUCACAAUACAGAUGCGAAAUGCCCACUCGUGUAAUUUUUGAUAACUAAAGAAUGCACCUUUGUGCAACAGUCUUGCUCGCUAAUGCUUUUUUUUCAAUACAACAUAAUCUUAAAAGGUAAACACCUUUGAUAUCUUAAUUCGGUUUUUAAUGUGAGUUUGUUGACAAGCCUCCUAGCAGGAAGACCAUAUGUAUCAUUGAUAUAAGAAUAGAACUUGUGUGCUGUGGUAGAGUAUAUGAUAUGAUUGCGAGCAAUAAAUUGUGCUUGAAAAGUCAUCAAUAAAUAUUACUGUAUAACACUGUGAGAUUAUAUCAAAAUAAAUUGUACCCAUAAUAAAAUGUGAGUUGCUAGGUAGAAAAGUAGGUUAAUUAACUAAAGUGACCAGCACAUAUUUUGCGUGUCAGUCUACCACCCACCUUAGUGAGUAAUAGCAUCUCAGGAACCUGUUAUAGGCGGUUUUGUCAAAAUGGCAUUAGUUUAUAAAAUGUCUUUGUUUCGGUAUUAGUCAUUUGGUAUUCUCAGGAUGCCGAGAUCAAACAACACGGCAUUCUUGAAAUGACUUAUCGUGUUAUCAGGUUGUUCAUUCACUUCUCCUUUUGAUAAAAUAUAUUGUGUUAUUCAGUCACCUAACCAUUCAUUUUAUGUGCUGGCGCAUGCGCAUACUUGACAUGUGAUAGUCAUCCAUUUGAAGGUUGAAUCCAGUAGUAAGUACUUAAAAAUCUCUAAUAAACGACAUCUCACACUUCCAAAAUAUGACGUCUUAAAUGACUUCGCUCUUAUGCAAGGUUUUAAAUUCAUUCAUCUGUUUGGCUGAGAUUUAAUUGUAGAAAAUUUAGAGUUUUGUAUCCAAUCAAAUGAAAAAUGCAUUUCAUUAGGAAAAUUAGGAGGACACUGGAGUAAAUACGUGUUCUCAAUGAUUCAUUGCUGCGUUAACUCCAUCUACUAUUAAAAUAGCUAGUCGAUCAUUUGGAUUUUUACCUCUCAGCCGUUACAUUCCUAAGCCGCAGUCCAGAAAUUUACCAUUAUUCAUGUUAUGAUUUGGUUUUUCAAGACAUUUGUCGGAUGCACAUGUUACACAUUUACCAAUGACUGCGCCUCUUUAAAAGGUGUUUUGUUUUCAGAAUAUUAUUUCCACACAUUGGUCAUGUAGAUAUAUAAAAUUUCAAAAGUUGUUGGAAAAUAUUACAGUAAAUCAUUUUGCUGAAAAUGUGUUUAGUAUUUUUAAUAUUUUCAAUAUUUCUACAAAAUCUGUUUCUCUUUAACAGGCUCCUGAUCCAUCGGAAGUGAGACCACUAUCUGUUUUGAAAGCUUCCCUAGAAAAUGUUAGAGAAAAGUGGCAGUCCAAUGCCGAUUACAGCUGGGCUUGUGAACAAUUCAAAAGUAUCCGUCAGGAUCUAAUAGUAAGUACUCACGUCUCUACAGUCUUGUUAUCGGUAGUAGUAACUCAGUCAAGUACUUGGUCGCUUACGGACAUCUGUUCCUUAAUAUUGUCUUUAAAUUUUUACUCAACCGGUUAGAUGAGAAACAGCAUGUAGUCGUAAUUAAUAAAGACCGUGGUUUUGAAGAUUUCUGGUUAUCAUGUCCCCUAAACACCGGGAAAUCCAAAUUCUCGUGAUGUUUACGUAUAUAAUAACAAACAGUACUCUCAAACUUUGAGUGCUAAUUUAAAAGAACUAUUAUUUUUAUUGUUAUUCUCUUGGGUUUCGAGUGAAACAUACGGCUCCGAAAACACAUCUCCACUUCUAUUUUCUACCACCCUCUUCAUCUGGGUCCACGAUUGCCCAUAAUAUCUCAUCUCACAUGAUCUACUCUAUGUCACCCUCGGACGACCUACUCGUUACUUCCCAUUUGGAUUCUAAUCGAGUGAUGCCCUGGCGAGCGAUGUCAUAUAUAUAUAUAUAUAUAUAUAUAUAUAUAUAUAUAUUGGCAAUUUCUUAUAUCGCUAUGAUAUGCAACACCUAGUGCAUAUUAACACUCAUCUCGCACUAGAAAUUAAAAUAGCUAAUUGUAAUUUGGAAAUUAUAUAUUGAAAAAAAGACGAAUUUAACAUAACGGUAUGAAAUUGGAAGGUGCAGUGCGGAGUCAUAUACUUACUAAAUCUCAGGUACCGUCUAUUUGAUUUUCUAAAUAGUACCAUCAUUCGGGAGUUUUAUACUGGUUCUUUAGAUUGUAUAUUUCCUGAAGGUCUACAGGUUUACAUUUGGUUGGUUGGUGAAUGUUUCCUGACCUUAAGAGUCACCAUCCUACGGGAUAUUUUGAGUAAUACCUCGUAUUGUGUUUAGUCGCUGCUUGUCAAAAACGUAACGGUCUAUGUUUUUGAUUUAGGUCAUUCAUCGUCUCUGUUGAUUUACUUUCUAGGUACGCCGUAAACCUAAUUAAGAACCUUUUGACAUUGUGGCAUUCUCAUACUCAGCAUAGUUGGUAUGUCAGCUAGAUAUCUUAAAUGAGAUCUUCGUAUUAGUCUUUGAAGGUUUUUUCAGCAAAUCAUUUUCCUCGAUUUUAGGUACAAGGCAUUGAAGACGACUUCGCUGUGUCUGUUUAUGAAGCACAUGCAGAUGCAGCUUUGGACGCCGGAGAUUUCGAAGAAUUUCAUCAGUGUCAAAGCCAGUUAUUGCGACUUCACAAAGAAGGUUUAGGCUCUAAUAGACUAUUGGAGUUUACUGCCUAUAGGCUUCUUUACUAUAUUUUCACUGUUGAUAUCUUAGGUAUCAACACCAUUAUGGCAGGUUUGCGACCCACUCACAAAACAAAUCCGUGUGUGGCGUUUGCCCUAAAACUACGAUCUGCGUGGUCCUUGAAUAAUUACCACCGGUUUUUUAAACUUUUGUGUCCAGCCGAUGAAGAGCAGAUGCCUCCUUUACGAUGCAAACAGGUAGUAAACUGGUUUAUUGAUCGCGAAAGAAGGGAGGUUAUCAAGCUCGUCUUCAAGGUGUACGUUGUUCUAAUUUAAAGUUAUAUUAUGAUUUUUAUAGGUAGAGUCAUUAUUGGUCCUUUUAGUAUGUAUUAUUUUCAUUUUUUAGGAAACAUUCGAAACCCGGGUAGUUUAAGUUUUAUGCCUGUUAGUUGUGUUAAUUAUCAUAACUGCAACAGCACAGGAUUUUAUUCUGACUGAACGCACAUUGUUUUACCAUUCUUGUUUUGAUUUAACACAAACGUGUUUGUGUUUCGUUCCGACUGAAGUAACGACUUGAGAAAUUAUAUUUGUAGAUUCAAACUGCUUUUGCAGAGGUUAAAACAGUUGACUUGGUUAUAUUUUAUAAUUGUCUGAAUUCCAUUUGGUAGUACUUACAAACUACAAACUAACUAACUAACUGCUGUUGGUUAGGCUGAUCGCAAAAUGUAAUAACACCAGAAGUUAACAUAAGCGGUGGUUUUUUCUCAACAUUAUCUGAAUAUUAUGACUGAGCUUUCCAAAAUUCAAAUCACUUGGAGUAAACGGUAUUAUUUCAUCGUAUUAUAGGGACAGCUAGUGACUGGUGUAGCUGGAUAGUUUUCAUUAUUUCAUGAAUAUUAGCGUCCGUAAAUCACUGAAUGAAAUAAAUGCAUAGGUAUGUUUUAUGGUGAGCAUCGUGAAUUUCUAUUCACCGCUUUCUCCAUUGCGCUAAAUCAGACGUGGUCUCCAGGCAGUGAUCGAAGGUUUUAAAGGUAUAUUCACACUUCAGGGUUUUAUUUCCAGUUGGCUGAACCAAUGGUAAUGAUGUUAACUUUGUUUUCAUAAUAUUAUUUUAUGAUAAUUUAGACAACUUUAUCACUAAUAAUUUAAGCAGUCUGUUUUACGAAGUUGCAGUUUCGAUUGCACUACGUUCACAUUACUUCGAUGCUGAAGAGGAACGCCACUACAGCAUAUCACUUUUUGUGCCAAAUUUUCCAUGUUCCACAAAAAUUCCUGCUUUAUGGAUGUCUGUAUGUUUGUAUUUUUACUUGUUACAGUAAAUUAAAUGUGGUUAUUUUAAAUAAUGUUACUUUUCAUUUUAAAUAUCAGAUUUUCCUGUCUCUUGUAAUGUAAAAAUGUCACAUCAUGUUACUCUUUCCCUAUAUAUUUAUAAUUUUGAUUUUUUUGUUUACCUUCGACUCCGAUUGUCGUUUUCGUGAACAUUCUCCGCGCCUUCGACGUAUUCGUUUAAUAUGUAUGGAUUCUUCCACUACCUACACUUGUUCAUUUUAUAAUCUCUCUCUCAAUUACGAUCUCAUUUCUUUCGUUAUUUCCAAAUUAUUUUCACCGAAUGUCCCUGCUAUUUUUAGUUUCCGUCCCACUAUAAGCCUUUCAUACAUAUCAAACCUAGCUGGUUUUUCAUCCAAUGAUCUAUGCAAAGAUUUCAUUUGUAAGGAGUUUGCAAUAUCAGAAGAUUCACUUCAGCCACUGGAAAGGAUCGAUACAAAGACAGUCUGGAGUCUCGUAUGCUCUUGAUCGAAUUAAAUGAAAACUCCUGGGGAAUUAAUCGUCCUACGCAGUAUCAACUCGAUGGAUCAUCCAGAAACUUAGUGGAAGCGGGGCCUGCGUUGACAAUUCAGAUUUUUGUACAUAGAAAAAAUUUAUUUUUUAAAUAUUAAAGCUAUUUUAUCUCAUAUUGUGAGAAUUUUGUGAACCGGUAGUGGCCGUAAAUUUAUAGAACAACACGGGGGUUCGCAUAAC